CUGUCAAACGCAACAGCGAAAGACUGGAAACUUAGCGCUAAUGUCAUCAUCAUCACCACCACCCUAACACUAAAAACACGGCUCGACUGGUGUGUGUUAAUUACUUGAUUAUUUACCUUUCAACCAUGGGACCUCGACUUAAAUUACGGAAACAACACUGCUGGUGCAUCUUGACUGGGAAUAUAAUCGGGUUUCCUCCUCAAACCUCUGCGUGCUGAAUGAAAACAGUCCGCUGAAGCCGUUGCUGACAAACCGUGGACUGGAAAAAUGUGAUUCAGGAAAUCAGGCGUAGUUUCGCUCGUCCGGUUGUUUACACAUUUUUCGGACGACGUUUCUGCUCAUGUAAAGUACAUUUUCAGUGAUCGUUGUUUGUUUACUGUGGGUCGGAUAGUGACACGUUGCGCGCUAAGCUAAUUUAGCAUUUAACUCGGGUGAUUUAGACUCACAAUAAUCCGUUUAGAAGACGUAGCUUUAAAGGACGCACAAAUCUACGUAACGUUACAAAACUCGGGAAAUAAAGUUAAAGUGAACCGGAGUGAUCUACUAAAGUCGUGCUUUGUAGCUUUGACUGGCCUGUUUUGGGUUCAAUCAUCUCAUUAAUUUCACGUUUUCUCUUGGGAUGUUUAUUGACGGGUGCAGCCAGGUGAUGACCUGUAAGUGAACUUAUCAUCGGGUGUGUGUUAGUAACUUAGAGGAUCAUGAUGGCUCAGCAGGAGAAUGGACGUCUGUCGUCUGAGGAUACUGUAAGUGUGAUGACUCUGGGCAGUCAGUUUGACGAGGAGAGCUCUUUCGGGUCGGACUCUGAAAUCAACGGCUUCACCAGCUCGAGACAAACUGACAAGUAUGGAUUCAUCGGAGGAGCCCAGAAGUAUUCAACCGAAUCGGCUCAAGAAGUGCCUCUGGAAGUGUUAAGGCACAGGGAAGCCAAAUGGUUGGAUAUGCUGAACCACUGGGACAAAUGGAUCAGUAAAAGAUUCAAGAAGGUGCGACUGCGAUGUCAGAAAGGAAUCCCGCCAUCAUUGCGAGGCAGAGCUUGGCUUUACCUGUCGGGCGGAAAAGUGAAAAGAGAACAGAACAGUGGGAAGUUCAAGGAGUUGGAUAGCCUGGAUGGAGACCCUAAGUGGGUUGAUGUGAUAGAGAGAGAUCUACACAGACAGUUCCCUUUCCAUGAGAUGUUUGUGUCCCGAGGAGGUCAUGGGCAGCAGGACCUGUUCCGGGUGUUGAAGGCUUAUACCCUGUACAGACCGGAUGAGGGUUACUGCCAGGCUCAGGCUCCUAUAGCAGCAGUGCUUCUGAUGCACAUGCCUGCUGAGGAUGCAUUUUGGGGGCUGGUUCAGAUUUGUGAGAAGUACCUCCCUGGAUAUUACAGCGCAGGCCUGGAGGCCAUACAGUUGGAUGGAGAGAUCUUAAAUGCGUUAUUAAAGCGCGUGAGCCCUCCAGCAUAUCGCCAUCUUGAGAAACACAAGAUAGAGCCCAUCCUUUACAUGACGGAGUGGUUCAUGUGUGCGUUUUCCAGAACUCUACCCUGGUCGUCUGUGCUCCGAGUGUGGGACAUGUUCCUGUGUGACGGAGUGAAGAUAAUAUUCCGUGUUGGCCUGGUGAUGCUGAAAAGCAUGCUGGGAUCUCGUGAGAAACUGAAGGCUUGUCCUGGUCAGUACGAGACUAUGGAGCUUCUCAGGGCCCUGGAGCCACAUUACAUGCAGGAGGGCUUUCUCGUACAUCAGGUAUUGGAGCUGCCCAUAUCUUCUCGGGAUGUGGAGCGAGAGCACCGCGUGCAGCUCAAGCGCUGGCGGAAAAUUCACGGCGAGCUCAGCUACAAGUCCCCUCCCAGAAUGCACGGCGCUCACGCCGUCAUGUCUGCCGAGCCACACACCCGCCAAGACCUCCGUCAGAAACCCACAAUCAUCGUCCAGUACCCCCUGCCCUCAGACACUCAAUCCGAAUUCGCUCGCGUCAAGAAGAGAAGCACUAUCCGAAAAGCCCCCAAUCCGACAGUGGACAUCCCAAACCCGUAUGCCCUGCCAGCAGACCCCAAACCAGCCGCUCUUAAUAAUCAAACACAAGAGAUGGCCUCAAGCAAUCAGUCCAACCAUCCUCCUCCAUCACUACAGCAAUCCCACCUCACUACACCCGAAAACACACCCUCCUCUGAUCCACAACCACCUCAACAGUCUCCAAAUCUCUCUCCCCAACCCUCACCAAAACCCAACCCCGCACAUCCGACCGAAAUCCCUCACUCCUCCAACCCUGCAGUCACCGUCCAGCCACUCUCGAGCAACACCAACAACUCAGCCCACCUGACAGAUCCUCCACCCACUACAGACUCCACUCCGCUUCCUCCAGACGACACACCUGUGAACGGCAACUCGGUCGCUGCUCCCAGAGUUCCUGGUUUACGUCACUCAUGUGAGAGCGUGGGUUCAGAAGACACGUACCUGUAGCUUUCCAGGUCAGCAUUCAGGGAGAAAGCAGUAUUGGGAACCAGCAUUAUGCAUGAGAACGAGAUGGGAGGAAAAACUAUGAAUGUAUUUUGAUUUUCUUUGGGUGACAAGAAUCCUUGCCGUCAGUGUCUUGCGCCCAUUAGUGUGAAGAAUUCAAGAAUAUAUAAAGCUUAAUGACUAGGAUCAAAUGACUUGACAAGCUCCAAGACUUCAUUUUGGUGUCCAUACACACAAACAUCCUUUUUUCUCUGUGCUGGUCCAUAAUUGACUCCACAGUCUUUGUGCUACAAUGUUCAAAAAAUCUGACUAUUAGUUCUUCCAUUAUUCCUCAAUCAUAAGCAGAACAGACUAGUUAUUGUGUUAUUCGCUGUUUACCAAUAUUAGGUCACAUUGCAAGAGUUGAUAAUGUAUGACUCUCCAAUCUAACAGUCUUACAUUUACUUACAACUGCCACUAUUAUAAGUAGUUUUUUUUCUCACUAAACUAUUUAAUGUAUAACUGUCAUUAUAACGCAAAUCAGCAUUUCGUGUUUUAACAUCAUGUCUGUUACCAGUAACUACAUUCAAAUGUGAGUGAAAUGAAAAACGUUUUUCAAUCUUUCUUAGAAGCAAUUUAAGUGGAAGCAUCCUUAAACUUUACUUUUCAGAAAAAAAAGUGCAAAAAUUGUAUCUUUAGGUGUAUAAAAGCUUGACACUGGGGCAGUACCUUUGAAAUUACAACUUUGCACCUUUAAGAGGUGCAUAUUAGUUCCUUUGAGAGACAUUUUGGUGUAAAUAAGGUACAUUUGUCCCAUUAAGGAUAUUUCUCCAGUGACAAGCUGUACAAUUUUUCACACUUUUUUUUUGUUUGUUUCAAAAAAUAAAUAUUUGAAUACUUUCUUCAGAUUUUUAUAAACUACAUAGCUAAAAAAAAACAUUUCUUGUGUGUUAACAUUGGAAUGACAAACAUAGAUGUGAUGUUGAAAUGAUGUUGGAGUGUCUCUUUAACACAUCUGAUGUAUUUAUUUCGUUGCUAAUCUGAGAAAUUGAAGACUGUAAACCUGUUUCAUCUCAAGCCACCAGGUGGCGCACGUUUCCUGCAAAUGAUUUAUUUUGUUUGAUCAAAUGUCAGAGAUGUUAGCCGGUUACAUUGGGAAUUUCUAGUUACUUAUACAGUCAUCAUCUGUGAAGAGAGGUGUGUUACACAGCUAAAAGUGCUGUUUUUUUUUGGUCACAGAUGUGAGUCAUUUUUAUUUACGUUACAUUUUAAUAUCUGAAAUAUUCUAAUCUGUCAGAUUUUCAGAUGCACUUUAUAAUUUGAGAUUAUGGGAGCACUGUUUUUUUUUUUUUCAACUAAUGCUUACAAAUUACCUUGGCAAAAACUUUGAUUUGUAUGUCUAAUAUAUAAUCAAUCCUCAACAACUGACUGUCGCCUAUAUGUAGAUUUUGUACAAAUAA